AGUAGUAAGAGGAAGAGAGCUGAUAAACGCAUUGAGCCCGUCCGUUCAGUAGUACAAUGAAACAGUAAACUGUCUUUAAACAAACACAUUUGCCGUAUUCUCAUCAAACGGUUAUAUGUGCGCGUGAUGGCGUGGGGAGUGUGCAGCAGGGCUCUUGUGUGGAUUAUAACUGCGAUGAUAUGGUGGAGUCACAGUGGUCUGAUGGGCUUCUGCAGCAGUAGUACAGUGUCUGUACCAGAAAGUCUGCUCUUUGUGUCCACAUUAGACGGGAACCUUCAUGCUGUCAGCAAGAUAUCUGGAACCAUCAAAUGGACCUUGAAAGAAGAUCCUGUUUUACAAGUCCCGACGCACGUGUCAGAGCCUGCAUUUCUCCCAGACCCCAAUGAUGGCAGUUUGUACUCUCUCGGAGGGAAAAACAAUGAAGGGUUGACGAAACUGCCGUUUACCAUUCCUGAGCUGGUUCAGGCAUCACCCUGUCGCAGUUCUGAUGGCAUCUUAUACAUGGGUAAGAAACAGGAUGUGUGGUAUGUUGUGGAUCUGCUGACUGGUGAAAAGAAGCAAACUCUGACUUCCUCCUAUGCUGAGAUGUUAUGUCCGUCUUCGUCUCUGUUUUACCUCGGGCGCACAGAAUACACGAUCACUAUGUAUGACACCAAAAGCAGAGAGCUGCGCUGGAAUGCUACUUACUCUGAUUAUGCCUUCACCCUUCCAGAUGAAGACACCAAAUACAAUAUGGCCCACUUUGUAUCCAAUGGUGAUGGUCUAGUGGUGACAGUGGACAGCGAGUCUGGAGACGUGCAGUGGGUUCAGAACUACAACUCCCCUGUGGUGGCAGUCUACAUCUGGCAGCGCGAGGGACUGCGCAAAGUCCCACACACCAAUGUUGCUGUUGAAACAUUACGCUACCUCACGUUCAUGUCAGGAGAGGUGGGCCGUAUCACACAGUGGAAGUAUCCAUUUCCUCGAGAAAAGAAAACCAAAGAUAAACUUUUGUCCACUUUGUACGUCGGGAAACACUCCUCUGGUCUAUAUGCAUCUCCCUCCCUGGUGCAUGACGGAGUCACUGUUGUGCCUCGAGGCAGGACGUUUCCCAUGCUGGAGGGCCCCGGUAACCAGGGGUCACGUGAGGAAGAUGAACAGGAGUGUGUUAUCACUCCUAGCACCACGGUGAAUUUCAAUGCAGCGCUCAAAGAGAGGAACCGCAUCAAUUUCAUGAGGAAUUCUCUGCUGCUGAUCGGGCAUCACGAAAUGCCACCUGAUGCUCACCAUAAAAUCCUGGAGAAGUUUCCAGAGAGCAUUCCCCGCCAGAACAUGAACGUCAUCCCCCCUGCCACAGAAAAGACCAUUGAAGAGAAAGUGAAUGAGAGUGGAAUGGAAGACAACAGUCCACUGCCUCCCCCUGUGUCCUCGCUUCAGGAGAAGCCUGGCCGCGUCCCACGAGUGGAAACUCCAGUGGACUCCAUGCUGAAGGACAUGGCCACCAUCAUCUUCUGCACUUUCCUUCUGGCUGGCUGGGUGGCCUUCAUUAUCACCUAUCCCAAGAGUGUCCAUAAGCAGCAGCAGCUGCAGCAUCAACAGUUUCAGCAGCAGAUGGAGGAGAAGCUGCAGCUCUUGCAGCGGCAGCAGCUCAUUUUCCAGCCACCUGCUGAUCUGCCCCCUGACAGCGACUUCCUGGAAGCAGCCCGUACCCGCUCAGAGAGCUCCACCCACAGCAGUCCCAAUGGCACCCCUCGUGCAUCCAACCAUUCAAACAUAUCCCAGUGUGAGACCGGACAUUCUGCCAAUGAGCAUGAGGAGACAGAGGAAGAAUCCAACAUUGUCCGAAUUGGAAACAUCACAUUCAACCCCAAAAAUGUACUUGGACAUGGUGCUGAAGGAACUAUUGUUUAUAGGGGACAGUUUGACAAUCGUCCAGUGGCUGUGAAGAGGAUUCUCCCAGAAUGCUUUAGCUUUGCUGACCGUGAGGUUCAGCUGCUGCGUGAGUCAGACGAGCAUCCAAAUGUGAUUCGCUACUUCUGCACUGAGAGAGAUCGUCAGUUUCAGUACAUUGCCAUAGAACUGUGCAACUCCACAUUACAAGAGUAUGUGGAACGGAAGGAUUUUAAUCGCCAUGGUUUGGAGCCGGUGACACUGCUAGAGCAAACCAUGUCUGGACUGGCUCAUUUACAUUCUCUUAAUAUAGUCCACAGAGAUCUGAAGCCGCACAAUAUCCUGGUGUCAAUGCCGAACACGCAUGGACGUGUGAAGGCCAUGAUCUCUGACUUCGGCCUGUGUAAGAAGCUGGCAGUGGGCAGACACAGCUUCAGCAGGAAGUCAGGAGUGCCAGGCACCGAGGGCUGGAUUGCUCCUGAAGUGCUCAGUGAGGAUGCAAAGCACAACCCUACCUGCAUGGUGGACAUCUUCUCUGCAGGAUGUGUGUUUUAUUAUGUGGUAUCUGAAGGCCUCCACCCCUUUGGAAAAUCCUUGCAACGCCAAGCAAACAUUUUGCUGGCUGCCUACUCUCUGGACCACUUAGAUCCUAACAGACAUGAGAGUAUUGUGGCCCGAAACCUGAUUGAACAGAUGUUAAACAUGGAGCCUGAGAAGAGACCCUCAGCUGACAGAGUGCUGAAACACCCCUUUUUCUGGAGUCUGGAAAAACAGCUGCAUUUCUUCCAGGAUGUGAGCGAUAGAAUUGAGAAGGAGCCGUUAGAUGGACCAAUCGUGAGGCAGCUAGAGAGAGGAGGACGGGUGGUGGUGAAAGGUGAUUGGAGGGAUCAUAUCACAGUGCCUCUACAAACUGAUCUACGCAAAUUUCGCUCUUACAAAGGUGGAUCGGUCAGAGAUCUUUUACGUGCCAUGAGAAAUAAGAAACACCAUUACCGGGAAUUACCUGAGGACGUCCAGCAGACACUGGGCACCAUACCUGAUGAAUUUGUGUCCUACUUUACCUCCCGUUUCCCUCUUCUUCUGCAGCACACACACCUGGCCAUGCGUUACUGUGCUGUGGAGCGAUCUUUCCUGCCCUACUACCAUGUGUCUGAACUGCUUGCGCUCCACACUAUAAUGCAGUGUGUGCCACAGACUCCGUCCACACAGCACAGCUGUGCAUCAGAGCCUUCAGGCCUGUCAUUGUCCAGUCAGAUAUCAGAAGCUCUGCAUGAAUUACCAGACACACCGUCGGAAACAGCAGUAUCCACCGAGCACACACAGACUGGCCCAGAGAAGACUGGAGAUCCAUAGUGCCAAGUGAUUGUUGGACCUUUCCGGACACAUUCCAGGGAUGAGCAGUGUCUGUGUGUGGAUGCAGUCUGGGCCUGCAGUGCCUGGGCUCUGUCCUGCAGAGCUACCGUACCAUUUUAGUGCCUUACUCGCUCAAUGUAGACAGCGGUUCUCAUCUGAAAGGAUCCUGAUUGAGAAAGACGGUUUGGGCUUCAUUGGUGUGCCCGCAAAACUCUGUAGUGUGUUUUUGGUAAACACAAGAAUCCAACUGUGCAAUGCCGAGUCGUGCUUGGUGAGAGAGAACUUAUUUUUCAGUAUAUAUUUUUGUACAUAUUUUGAUGGGUGAUAAUUGGUUGAAGUGGCCAUUGUGCCUAUUUAAAUGACACUGUGCUGUGCGUUUUGGUCCUGAUGAGAGUCUAACGUUUAAGGUUUCGCCUUAUACUGUUGCUGCUGAAAGCCUUUAAAGGAAUAGUUUGAUCAGAAAUGAAGCAUGACGUUUAUUCAUGUUCACAUCUCAGCUGUCUGUGUGUGUCUGUGUGGAACGCAACAGCAGAUAUUCAGAUAUUACCCAGAAUGUUCAACACACUCUUUUGUAUAUUGUGUCCAGACACAGCAAAGACAGACACUACAAAAAAAGCAAAGUCAAUAGGACUCAUGUGUUAAUCUUUUGAAAUGAUUAAAUGUCUGUGUGAGAAAUGCAUUCAGUUUAAAGUCAUUAUUAAAUGAUGCAUUUCUUACUUUUCAUUCAAAUAUUCUGUGUGAGCAUGUCAUAUGGAGUCCAUCUAGGGCCAAAUAUACUUGCAAAAUUAAAGAAAAUUUUGCGAACAAAAAAUAAAGUGUUCAGCAAAAAAUAUAUAUUUUUUGCCAACAAAAACAAAGAUCUGCAAAUGGGAAAAUUAAGUUUCAAGAAAUAAAAAUGAAAUUUGCAAACAAAAAAAGGACUGCAAAUAAAAUAAAGCAAUGGCA